UAUUUUUCUUCUUUCAUAGAUGCUAAGUUAUGCUCAGACUGCCAUGUAGCAGCCAGUGUAUGUACCCAGAAGACAGGCUAUGUCAUAUGCACCUGUAUCGCAGGAUAUAUUGGGAAUGGGGUGAACUGCACUGCAAUAUCCUCCUGUGGUAUACAAAACUGCUGUCCCUCAGGCUAUUAUUGGGAUAACAGAAUUGGCUAUAAAGUCUGCACAGAUAUUAACGAAUGUAACGACAAUACACUGAAUAAGUGUGUCCCAUCAUCCACCUGUAAAAACAUGAAUGGUUUCUAUUUAUGUAUCAGUAAUAGAUCAACCAACUGUACUACAAGUCCUUGUCCCUAUGACCAGGACUGUUUGAGUGUUGCUGGAACUGUUCAAUCUGCUGAUCCUUGUUUUUACUACCAAACUCUGAAUGGAACUAGUAGAUUAUCCACUAUUGACUCCACUGGAGUAUUCCCCACAGACCGGUACAACAUUGGUUGGUUUCGUUUCACUGGGAGUGCUGGUUUAAGAAUGCAAGAGGGAUGUGUUGGGACUUUGAAAUGUGGCUCUCUUACACCUUUCUCUUUAAAUGGCAAACAUCCUACCAUCGGAGAAGGAAUAAAGACUGUUCCACUGCAAAUCAAUUCAUUAUCAGGCUGUUUGACUGGAGCAAAUAUCACAAUAAAAGCUUGCCCUGAUAAUUUCUAUAUCUACAAGUUUAGUGGGAUGCUACAGUCUGAUGUUUAUUGCACAGAUCCACAAUUUACUGCAUCUUCAAUCAUUCCAACCAUGGCCACCACUAAAGCACAAACUACAACCACAACCACUACAACUCAACCUACAACAACAUCGACCACCACUCCAGCCGCCACCACUACUCUAACAACAACUGCCAUCUCAACUGCUGUCACCACAACUUCACCUACAACCAUUUCACCCACCAGAACCCUAGCUAUAUCUACCACAAUCAUACCCACAUCAGCCACUGUGCCAACUACAAUUACCACCUAUUCUGCAACUUCAGCCUCUCCAAACACAGCUAACGAAACAACUGCACAAAUCUCUGCAUCCAUUAGCCCAACACCAUCACCAAUACCUGAGAAAAAUAUUACAGUUACCAGUGUGAAAAGCAUCAACAUAGUGAGUGUCACAACAUCAACUAAACUAGAGAAUGACAUAGAGGUAUCUAGUUUAGAAAUCAACAAGACCAGUGCAAUAUUGAUUGAAGUUCAAACUAUCACUGCCAGCACUAUCAGAACCAAAACCAGCAACUCUAUUUCAUAUUCAUCACUAUUAAUCAUGGUCAGGGAUGGUGAACCUGUAACAUUAACUGACACACCAUCUUUGCAGAUUACUGAUAAUGAAACUGUGUCUGACAAUUUGGCAAAUUUUCAGUUUAGCCUUUAUAAUGGGAAACCUAUUGAAAUUCACACUCUUACUGAUACAUUCAGUGUUCCUGGAGAUGGUUUUACCACCACAACCACAGUAACCACCACUUCAACAGAAGAGGUCAUUGUUGUAGGUCCACCACUACUUCCAAGCCCUUCUUCUAACACAGUGUCAUUCUCUGCAACUGGAUCUGCAACAAAUGUACCUAAAGUAUAAACAACAUGAUCUGGAUCUUAUUAAGCCCUAAAUAUAAGCACAUG